UAGCCCCUCGUUUUGGGCCCCAUACAAAAAAGAGAUGAAAGAACGUCAAAACUUUACUUUGACGUCUCGCCGCAUUUUUUUGAAGAACCACACCGAAAACACCACAAGAGGAGGGAAGUGCAUCCAACCAUUGCCGGCCUAUUCCGUGAUUAUCUGUGAUCUACCAUAAGAAUCCCCACAAGGAGAAUGGCCGCCACCACGCAACAGAUGACUACCAGCAGUAGCACCAGCGGAGGAAAACCAAAGGACAAAAAAUCGCAGGAAGAAAUCUACGCCGAGUUCCAGCAGCUGCGAAAUCAGCAGCGGAAUUUGAUCAACAAUCUGAACACGCUGGAGUUGGACCUCAAGGAACACAAAACUGUGAUCGACACGCUGAAAACGGUCGAACCCGGCCGAAAGUGCUUCCGACUGAUCGGCGGCGUCCUGUGCGAUCAAACGGUCGAAAUCGUCCUGCCCCAGCUGGUUCAGAACAAGGAACAGCUCGAGAAACUGAUCGAAACCGGUAAGGAGCAGAUCACGAAGAAGGGUCUGGAGAUCAACCAGUUCAAGGAUGAGCAUAACAUAAAAAUACGCGGUCAGGAUACGGCGCCGGCCGCCAGCAGCGAGAAGGAAACGGCCGAAGACAAAUCGGGCCCCGCCGGGACACGGAAUGUGCUGGUGGGUAACUUGUAAUGGUUAGUUCCGGUUUGCUGUUUGUGUAUGUACUAAAGUUCUCCCGACAACUCGGACGCUUCGCCACACUCGUGUCCAUGGUGAGCGCUGAGGGCGUAGAUUUUCCGAUCGGUUGUACAAUUUCGGUAUUCCGCUAGAGAUUGCUUGUUUCGCGUUUUUCCACACGAUCUUUGAACAUAGAUUGUUUCGAUUCGCCUUGGGGAAUCAGUCAAACAUAGAUUCCGCGUGAUGGAACCCUCAAACUGUUUAACUAUUAUUUAUCAUCGUCAUCCUUAAUCGCGUAGAAAAUAAAAAGUAUCUUCAGACCGAUUGUUAAUUCCGGUAAGCACUAACGCAGAAUUUAGUUUUUAUUGUAAUCGAUAUCAUUUCUUUGUUCACCAACUUGUUGCUUGAAUAAACAACUUACUAGAGGAA